CCUAAGGACUACAUGCUGGUGGGGCUCAAAGAUGUCACCGUGGGCCGUCUUCCUGGAAAACUCAACGGCCAGCAGCUUGUCAUCCAGGAGUGCGAGAACUGCAACAUUUACGUGUUUGACCACUCUGCAACCAUCACUAUCGAUGACUGUGUCAACUGCCGCAUCGUGUUCGGUCCUGUAAAGGGAAGUGUGUUUUUCCGAGACUGUAAAGACAUGAAGUGUGUGGUUGCCUGCCAGCAGUUUCGCACACGGGACUGUAAAAAGAUGGAUGUGUUCCUGUGCUGCGCCACCCAGCCCAUCAUCGAGUCUUCUACAGGGAUGAAGUUCAGCUGCUUUCAGUACUUUUACCCCGAGCUGGCCUUCCACUUUAAGGAUGCUGGCCUGAGCAUAUUCAACAACAACUGGAGCAAUGUCCACGACUUCACGCCAGUGUCUGGAGAGAACAACUGGAGCUUGUUGCCAGAGGACUCGCCACUUCUGGAUUUUGUUGCGAUGCCGGACCCUGAGUCGGAGUUCAAGUCUGUUCGAGUCUCUGUUGAGCCAUUGCGGAGCAUCGUGCCUUUGACAAACGGAGGGAGGCGGAAGGACAGUGACGAGUCCUGCCUCUGUGUUUUCUUUGCUGGGGAGUACUCCACUGCGAAUGCUCGGAAGCUGAUUGAUGAGGCAACUGCAAAAGGUUUCGUGCUGAUCCAGACAAAAGAGGUCUCCAUGCGGCCUGAAGAUGUGAAGAGAGUGUUCCAGAACAACGCAGAUGAUCUUCUGGAAUUGGUUACGAAAGGUCCUGUCAUCGCCCUCGAGUUGAAUGGUGAUGGAGUUGUGGAAACCUGCAGAAAUAUUGCCAACAAAGUUUUCAGUGGCACCAAGGUUUUUGUCUCGAACAACAAACACACAUCCUCUCAAGACGUCGACGGCUUCUUUAACUUCGCCGACAUGCAGAUGGGCUUAUAAAUGUUUCUGAAUGCCUGAACUGAUUCAGCUCAGUCUGAAUUCGUCUUCUCAUGAUUUG